GGUAUAACGAUUUUCGGAUCGCAAAGAAGACUUAACGAUAUUUUUAACGAUAAGUUUUGAAAGUGGGAACCAUAAUAUGUUUUUGAUUGGUGACUCUGGAUAUCCAUUAGAGCCGGGGUUAAUGACUCCUCUUCCAAACCAACCUCAAGGAAGUCCCAAAUUCCGCUACAAUGAGGCAUUGUGUAAAGCACGAAACCCAGUCGAGCGGUUUUUUGGCGUUCUCAAAGGAACUUGGCGAUGCCUAUCUCAACAAAGUGUUAGUGUCAGUGUUACACAACAUUCGAUUAGGUGACCAAAUAUAUGAGCUUGAGCAAGAGUUCCUAGAAAAUAGAACAAAUACCAUCAUUCUCAAUCAUGAGGCACCAUUCUCAACAGCAAAACGCGUCCAAGGUCGCCUGAUCGCAAAUUAUUUCACUUAAACAUCAAUUUGAUAAAUAAAAACUCCGGAAUAUAAUUUA